UCCUCUAGGCUACAUGGUAGGUUGGAGAUAGGCUACUUGUGGUUAGCACCAAGGUUAUUUAUCAUUAAGCUGAACUUUUUAGUUAGGAGAACAGUCAGUGCAUUGUGAUAUGUUUGGCAGUUGCUUCAUGUGUUCUGAUUUACAGGCACACCUGCUGAGCUCUUCUUCAUUUCAGAUGGUACUAUUGAAAUAUAGAAAAUAUGCCCAAGGGAACACACCAAUUGCUGCGUAAAUUUGCAGUAUGUGAUAGUCGCAUUCUUGACAUAUGUGAUUACAAUGUCUCAAGAGACCAGUGCAAGAAACUAGGAUGCUGCUUUUUAAAAGAAGUCUGCUAUGUAAAAGCUGCUCCAGCUUAUGUUCAAGGAUUUACCGCCUUGAUAAUUAUCAUCUUGGGAAUCUUCAUUGUCUAUGUAAUAUACAGAGUUGUACAGUGCAGAAAUAAAAAGUCAACUCAAAAGCUGUAUGGAUCACAUCAAAAGAAGAACAAAUUGAGACCUGAGCGUAUCCCAGCCAAUCAGGAGAUAUCUGAUGAAGAAGAAAAGAAAAUACUGACAGAGGACAGUGAGAAACUGAAUCGUAAGUGGUCUGAAGAUGAAGUUAUAAUGACAGUGCCAGCUUGGGAAGGAGAGUUGGAAUAAAGGGACACGAUAAAACCGAGGAGGAAAUAACCAAUAGUGAUGAUUAAGGGACAAUUUCUUU